AUGUUGUGGGAACUCCAAUGUAGCUGCCCAGCGAUUCAAGAGCGGAUCUCCGCGGACCCUUACGACGACUCGCUGAUGGAGGACUUCGGAGAGCUGGCCGAAGCGUUUGGUGACGGCUCUGGACCCAUCAGAAGGACAUACACGACCAAAGCUAAAGCCAUCCAAGCUGCGUUAGGUUGGGUCGAUUCUUGGCCCGUGGCCGAUAUGAAUGAGGUGAAAAUGGACCUACAGACAGAGGGCGCUUGGGCUGCUGACGAGGAGGGAGGCCUUGCAGUCGAAGUGAACCCGCUCGCACCAGACAGCCUCCUAGUUGAGUGA